GCGUCUCAUGACGUAACUUCAUGUGAGCACGAGCAGACUGGAGCAAAGACGCGAUUGUAAAGAUUACUCACUCUAGUAUUGUCCUACACUGAGUCCGUUUACCAGCACAUUAGAGCGAAAAUAGUUGGACAGCAUAUAACAACGUUAUAAACAUUCAUAUAUUAGCAGGUGAAUGUAAAAAUGACUCGACAAUUCGGUGUUUAGGUCAGCACGGACAGAAUCGCUUUCCUUUCAUCCUUCCUUUUUUUCAACUGGAGCAUUCAAAUUGGAUUUCGAGCGAAUAUCGGGAAAGUCCAGAUGAUGCUGUCGGAUUAUCAUUAGGUUGAGUGUGGCGUAGUGAGAGGCGGGAUGACCAGACACUGAAGAAAAAGGAGCAGACACUGAGGAAAAAGGAGACAGAAGAGUGAGUGUUCACCGUGGGAGAGCUCCUCAUCACUCUCCCCCCCUGACAGCUGCACCAAUGUUUUCUCCCGACCAGGAAAACAUCUCCACCACCCCAGCCUCCACCAAAGUGCCAGUCAAAUACGGAGAGCUCAUUGUUCUGGGGUACAAUGGCUCCCUACCCAACGGAGACAGGGGGAGGCGGAAAAGCCGCUUUGCACUGUGCCGGAGACCCAAGGCCAGCGGGGUGAAACCCAGCACAGUACACGUGGCGUGUACACCUCAGGCAGCCAAGGCCAUCAGCAACAAGGACCAGCACAGUAUCUCCUACACUCUGUCCCGGGCCCAGACGGUGGUGGUGGAGUACACUCAUGACAGCAAUACAGACAUGUUCCAGAUUGGGCGUUCCACAGAGAGCCCCAUAGACUUUGUGGUGACAGACACGGUGCCUGGCAGCCAGCAGAGCCACGGGGGGGAGGGCCAGACCCAGACCCAGUCUAUCCAGAGCACCAUCUCGCGCUUCGCCUGCCGCAUCAUCUGCCAGCGGAGCCCGCCGUACACCGCUCGCAUCUAUGCCGCCGGCUUCGACUCCUCCAAGAACAUCUUCCUGGGGGAGAAGGCAGCCAAGUGGAGGACACAGGACGGACAGAUGGACGGGCUGACCACUAAUGGCGUGCUGGUGAUGCACCCUCGCCACGGCUUCACGCAGGACUCCAAGCCGGGCGUGUGGAGAGAGAUAUCUGUCUGUGGCAAAGUCUUCACCCUCAGAGAGACCCGCUCCGCCCAGCAACGGGGCAAGAUGGUGGAGAGCGAGAGCCAGGAACUGGUGGACGGCUCGCUGAUCGACCUGUGCGGCGCCACCCUCCUGUGGCGCACGGCCGAGGGCCUCUCGCGCACGCCCACCGUGAAGCACCUGGAGGCCCUGCGGCAGGAGCUGAAUGCCGGGCGGCCCCAGUGCCCCGUGGGUUUCAACACCCUGGCCUUCCCCAGCCUCCGCCGCAAGGAGAUCCUGGAUGAGAAGCAGCCGUGGGCCUACCUCCGAUGCGGCCAUGUGCACGGCUACCACGCCUGGGGAGGCCAAGGACGGGAGCCCGAGGAUGAGGUGGUGGAGGUGGGCCGGGAGAGGGAGUGCCCCAUGUGCCGAACCAGAGGGCCGUAUGUACCGUUAUGGCUGGGGUGUGAGGCGGGCUUUUACCUGGAUGCAGCACCGCCCACACACGCCUUUAGUCCGUGCGGUCAUGUGUGCUCGGAGAAGACGGCAGCGUUCUGGAGCCAGAUCCCGCUGCCACACGGCACGCACACCUUCCACGCCGCUUGUCCAUUCUGCGUACAUCAACUGGCCGGCGAGAGCGGCUACCUCAGACUCAUCUUCCAAGGGCCCCUGGACUAGAUAAUGGACAGUGGACUCCUCCCAAACCCCAACUAACGCUUCACAACUACCAGGGUUGUGAUCAUUAGGGCACACAACCGAAAACAUCUUAAAACAUUUUUUGCAACAGAAAAUUAACAUUUGAGUUUCUUAUUGGACAAAUCCAGGUAGUCCCUCACUGUUUCAGACAGAUUCUUUCUGUUUGGUGCUCUAAUGAACAUGACCCAUGGCCAUGCGAUAACCAAGUGAAUGGUGGAAAAACAGCUAAAGGACUAUUAAACAUUUCUGAACUUAAAUAUUUUGGAGAGCUACGGAAUACUUUUUUUGCUUCUCUCAUUUCAAGUGACCUUUUUUCUAGCAGUGCUGUUUUCGAUACUAUAAUUAUAUUUUCAUGUUAACAAUGAAAAAGCGCUACAGUAUAUGCUAACACAGCAAACUCUUCCACAGGUGCAGAUUUGUAAUGUUCUGAUGCAAAAUCCAUUGUGAGGAUGUGUGGUGUGGCUUGAUGUUUAUAGCCAUUUCUUUUUCUAUCUGAAAGGCGAUUGUAGCAGAAACAAGCAUACUUUGUAAUGCUAGCUACUGUUUUGGAAGUGACCUCCUUUUUCUUAGACAUGAAGACCCAUGUUGUUAAACUAGGCCUAGUAAAAUUAAUAUUUCGCAAUUGUGUAAAAAAAAAGUGCUUAUGACCUUAUACCUUUUUUACCAUGAAUCCCAACAUGUACACUAUCUUUAUGUUAUCAAUCACCACAUCAACAGGUAUAAGGUGGUAUAAGAAGUGGAAGAAGUACAUAAUAAAAAACAAUAUCACUUUUCUCUCUGUGUACCCUUCUGUACAAGGACUGGAGAAACAGAUCUAUAAAUUGACUAGUGGGAACUUGUCGACAUUGACACUUAUCUGAGUGUCCAGAAUGUGUUCAAGCAAGCAAGUGAUCCAUUUUUGUUCAAUUGAAGUGUGGCCCUAAACACAUUGACUUUUCAGAUGGUAUGAAAAUGUCACCCUCUCAUCUUCCAUGUGUACCUGCAUUCAGUGUGUAUAUAAUAUUUAUGUUUAUGUUUGUGUGUAUGUUAAUGUCCCGUGUUUCGUCUUCUGAUCUUAAUUUACACAGUGAUUUGUAUUCCCAAUGUUAGUAAUGUGUGAGAGCUUAUUUUCUUUCGUUCAACCAACUUAUAUUCAAGUUUUACCAAUUUGUUCUGCUUUAUAUCCUCUUGAUUGCCUGAUGCCUUCAUACAGGACGUUGAGUAUUAUUUCUGCAAAGAGGGUUGCUGUUGCAGACAACCAUUUUUUUUUUUUUACCAACUGGAAAAAAUAAAAGUUAAAAGCUUUGAAAUUGUU